AUGUACGACUACUACUUCGAAUCCGAUUUCGGCACGGACGGGCACCGCCACAACUGGGAGCACAUCGCUGUGUGGGUGCAGAACGGCGAGCUCAAGUUCGUGUCGGCCUCGGAACACGGCAGCUGGAACACCCGGUUCCCCGGCCAGAACCCGCAGAUCCGCUUCAAAGGGGCAAGACGGCAGCGCCUGGACUUUGGCUGGUAUUUGGAUCAAUCGAGGUAUUACUGUGUUACCGAGCUGGAGUGUCCUGGUAGCCUUGCCCCUGCUCUCAUCCGUGGGCUUAGUUAG